AUGGCUCCCAACGCGAGCAACUCUAUAUAUCUCCAGUCGCCCAAUGCCAUCCCCCCGCGCACCUCUUCGACCGGCUACACCAUCCCUUCGCCCCCAGCUAAGUCUGUCCUUCGACCUGUUCCCGAGUCCGACUGGCUCGGUCAGAAUACCAACCAUCGGCCGCGAAACGGCUCUACCACCGCCAUCCCCUUAGCUGGCAUGCAUUCCACCGGACCCCAGGACCCCUCGCGCUUCACCACCCUAGACCUCAAUUACACUUCGAGAAAAACAUGGUCCGAAGAUAAGGAGAAGGUCUUGAUGGGUCCGUUCGAGUACCUGUUCGCCCACCCCGGGAAGGACAUCCGCACCCUCAUGGUGAAUUCCUUCAACGCCUGGCUCGAGGUGCCGCAGGAGAGCUUGGACGUUAUCACCAGGGUAGUCGGCAUGCUGCACACCGCAUCGCUGCUCGUGGACGACGUCGAGGACAACUCGGUCCUGAGGCGCGGCCUCCCCGUCGCACAUAACAUUUUCGGCACGGCCCAGACCAUCAACUCGGCCAACUACGUCUACUUCUGCGCCCUGCAAGAGCUGCAAAAGCUGAAAAAUCCGCGGGCGGUUAGCGUCUUCACCGAGGAACUGCUCAACCUCCACCGCGGCCAAGGCAUGGAUCUCUUCUGGCGAGACACGCUGACCUGCCCGACCGAGGAGGAGUACCUCGAGAUGGUGGGCAACAAGACGGGCGGGCUCUUCCGGUUGGCCAUCAAGCUGAUGCAGGCGGAGUCGGCGGCGGACAUCGACUGCGUGCCGCUGGUGAACCUGCUGGGCAUCCUCUUCCAGAUCCAGGACGACUACCGGAACCUGUCGAGCCCGGAGUACGGGCAGAACAAGGGCCACUGCGAGGACCUGACGGAGGGCAAGUUCUCGUUCCUCAUCAUCCACAGCGUCCGCUUCAGCCCGUCCAACUCGCAGCUGCUUAACAUCCUGCGGCAGAAGACGACGGACGGCGAGGUGAAGCGCUACGCGGUCAAGUACAUGGAGAACACGGGCAGCUUCGAGUACACGCGCAAGGUGGUGGCCACCCUGGUCGAGAGGGCCCGCCACGCCGCCGACGAGCUCGACGCCGGCCGCGGCAAGAGCGCCGGCAUCCAUAGCAUCCUGGACAAGCUCGUAGUAUAG